CAGCCAGGACUACGCAGCGCGCCCCACCCCCUCCUCCUCACCUUGUCACGACGCACGCAACCAAGAUGGCGGCUCCGAGCAAGCAAUAUGGACUUAUAUUUCCCAAGAAAGCACAACAAAAAACCUUUGUCAAGCAUUCGGUGUUUAUGGAUGACUCUGAUGAAGAGUCUUCUGUGAGUGAGAGCCUGCAACGAGAAGCCCUGAAAAAGCAAGCGAUGAAACAGACCAAGCUGGAGAUCCAGAGGGCUCUGGCGGAAGACUCUACCGUGUAUGAAUACGAUAAUAUUUAUGAUGACAUACAGCAGAAGAAAGCCGAAAGCCAGGCCAGCGCUCUGAUGGAGAAAGGAGAGAAAAAGCCCAAAUACAUCCAACAUAUCCUCAAGGCAGCCGAGCUAAGAAAGAAGGAACAGGAGAAGAGAAUGGAGAAGAAGAUACAGAAGGAGCGCGAGAUGGAAGGGGGCGCGUUUGACGACAAAGAAGCCUUCGUGACGUCUGCCUACAAAAAGAAGCUGCAGGAACGGGCCGAGGAGGAAGAGAGGGAGCGGCAGGAGGCCGCGCUCGAGGCGUGCCUGGAUGUCACCAAGCAGAAGGAUCUCAGUGGUUUCUACCGGCAUCUGCUAAACCAGGCUGUGGGGGAAGAGGAAGUGCCUAAAUGCAGCCUUCGGGAGGCCAGGAUAAAGGAAGAAAAACCCAGUGGGGAUUCCCAGGAAUCCAGGCAGACCAGCCAAAGCCCAGAGGAGAGAGCAAGACCCCAUGUCCCCGCAAAGGGAGAAGAUAACCCAGAUGCAGACAGUGACUUGGAAGUGGAUAGCAGCGAUGAUAGCAGUGCCAGAGGGCACAUGGAGAGCAGAGCUGGCGAUAAAAAGGAGACGAGGCAAGGCACCGUGGACAGCAGUGGGGAGGGUUGCAGGCCUGGCAAGAGCCGAAGGGACUCGAGGUCAUCCAGCGAGGAGAGAAGUUGCCACUCCAAGGUGCCUGCGGGUCAUCUGGGGAGAGAGGAGGAUGGCGGAGGCAAAAAGGAAAGAAGUGGGCAGCGAAAGGAAAGGGACCGUGAGAGGAGACACACGGACCUUGAAAGGGAGGAGUGUGCUAGAUCCGAGGAUCAUCCUAAGAGGCGAGAAGAGCAUGAUAGCAAACAGAGGAGGAAAGACAGGAAGGCGAGAGAUGACCACGACAGGCACCUGAGAAGGGAGAGAGAGAGAGAGAAGUCCCCUGAGAGGGAGCAGCCGGGGAAGGAAAGGCCAAGAAACAGCCACGACCGAUACAGAGAUCGGGAUCGUGGAGACAAGGAGAAAGGGGCAAGGCAAGCCAAGGCCCAGGAAGGCGAGAGAGGGGAUUUGGAAGCCAGCCUGUCUCUCUCCGAGCAGCCGCCCGAGCUGAAGCGCAAGGCUGCCGGGGGUGAAGCGGAGCAGCCAGGGGCGCCUCUGGAGAGCCGGAGCAAAUUUGCCAAGCGCAGCAACCAGGAGAUGGUCACGUCAGCGAGGGACCGCUACUUGGCUCGGCAGCUGGCCCGCGUGAGCACAAAACCUUACAUCGAAAAAGAGGAGGACUAGCUUGCGUUGCAGGGGGAAAGUCUCUGGAGAGGAGGCGCUCCCUGCUGGGGAUGUGAAGGCAAGAGGCAAUGGCGCGCUGAAGUCGUUCCUUACCUACGUGGAGCUCUGGAGCUUGCCAAGGGAAUGCCUUUCUGUGCAGAAGGGGCUCAAGAUGUCCAGUCUCUGCACAUGGGGUUGUUCCGAGUCUGUCCGCCCUGCCCUUCUGUACCUCAACCCGUUUGCAUUCUGUGGUGCUGGAAUUCAGUGGGGCCCCCUUGAGCCCCCCGCCUGUAUGUCAUCACUUUCACAGAGGUCACCUCUCGAUCUGCAACCCCGUGGAGUGUCUGUUGGAGGACAAGGGUGAAGUUCGUACGUGAUGGGGAAUACCCAUCUGGCCUCAAGCAGUAGAAACCAAUACACGCGAUGUUGUGAUCUUCACAACACUGUUUCGUUCUGCAGUGGACUGAAUUGCUGGGACUUCUUGUUCCGAGCCUUAUUAUUUCUUGGAAAUAAAAUGAAAGGGUUGCGUCUUAGGUCCCACUGGGCUCUCUCUUGUGUCUUAGCUCAGUUGGUCUAUUUCUGCCCAUCAACGUGUGUGUGAAGACAGCCAAUAGCACCAGUCAUUUCUGUUGCAUGAAGAGAUCUCUGGAUCAGGCCCCAUGCACUAGAGAAGCCAAGGGUUUAUAAAGCCGCCAUAAAAGCCACUCUAACCUCUAGCUUGGCAAGUGAGAAAUCUGGCAGAGGGAAUGUUUUCAUAAUAUAUUUUCAACAGAAACCUUGGAGGCAGUGUUCCUUCCUUCCUUCCCACCUCAUCUCCCAGUAACCUUCUCUGCCACCAGUGGCUACACCACACCAAAACAGGCCUCCAAAAAGGAAAUCUUAGAUUAUCAUUGUCGCUGUCCUGCACUGUGUGCUAAUUAAUAAUUUGAUUUGUGGGAUAAAUGCUCCCUUAGGUAUCACAUUCGGCCUUGCAGUUUGUUGACUUUUCAGCUUUGAAUCUGAUGCUACUUUGUCCCAUUUUAAGCCUGUUGCUAUUUAUCUUCCAGAAUUAAGUUUGAUUCCAUAAAGCUGUUUAUGUGAGUGCAUCUCGUGUUUUCGCCCUGUGUCCUGGGAAGCCAUUGGGAAGGUAGUUUGUUUCUUGUUGUUGUCUUGGAGACAGUUGUGAUGUCUUUGCCAGCUCCUGAAAUAGAGAUGUGCUUUGUGAUCUC